GCAGCUGUCAAAAAGUAAUUUUUCAUCGGACCACCUCGUCGGGAAUCUCAAUCGUCGAGAUUCGUAAUAAUUUCAAGUUUUUCUACUGAAAUCUGCAUAUUUUCUGGACUAAAUCGAGAGGACUUGACAUGGCCGAGCUGCUCAUCGAUCCGAACAUCCGCGGAUGGGUGUUCCUACCGAUUGUGGUGAUCACCUUUCUGGUCGGUAUCAUUCGUCACUACUUUUCGAUAUUGAUUUCCUCCCAGAAGAAGGUCGAACUCACACAGAUCCAGGACAGUCAAGCAAUGAUCCGUGCAAGGCUCCUCCGCGAGAAUGGAAAAUAUCUCACUCCGCAGUCAUUCGCCAUGAGACGACACUAUUUCAACAACGAGGAGACCGGAUACUUCAAGACCCAGAAGCGGGCCCCUCCCAGUCCCAACUCGACGGCGAUGCUGUCCGACAUGGUCAAGGGUAACUUCAUCAACGUGCUGCCGAUGAUUGUCAUCGGUGGCUGGAUCAAUUGGAUGUUCUCCGGUUUCGUCACGACAAAGGUCCCGUUCCCGCUGACCUUGCGCUUCAAGCCGAUGUUGCAACGGGGCAUUGAACUGGCCUCCCUGGACGCCGCCUGGGUGUCGUCCGCUUCGUGGUACUUUUUGAACGUGUUCGGCCUGAGGAGCAUCUACACGCUGGUCCUGGGGGAGAAUAACGCCGCGGAUCAAACGCAAACCAUGCAGGAUCAGAUGUCGGGAGCGGCCGUGGCCAUGCCCCAAGAUCCCAAAGCCGCUUUCAAGGCCGAGUGGGAAGCGCUGGAGAUCACCGAGUACCAAAAUGCACUGGCGAACAUCGAGACGGAAAUGCUGAUGUCGGCCAGCAGCGGUGGACCGUCGGAAGCCGUCUACCACAGUCGGGAGGAUGGUGCCCUGAAAAAUUAGUUUAAAUCCAGAAACGGGAAAAUUGUUGUUUUAUCUAUUAGAAAAAGUUUUGAAUAUCAUUCAAUGUUCGAGAAUCACAUACUGUAUCGUAAAUAUCGUGGAUAUUUAUUUUGCACAUUGCGUUUGUAUAUCAACAGAGCAAUUUCUUUUUAGGAAAGCAGCGAUUGUGAACGAGAAUAUUUAGUUAGUCGAAUGGGGAAAUAGUCCGUAAGACUUAACUAUUGCAUGCGAAGACUAAAUGCAUGAGUGUAAUAAAUAACUUUCAUGGAAAAACUGAACAGAAACAAUA